CCUGCACCGCUUCGGUCGACCCUUGUCUCCCUUUGCUUCGCUUCGUCGCAACCAACAACCAGUCAUCAUGGAUGAGCAGCCCGAAAAGCUCGCCAGGGUCACCAAGGUCCUCGGCCGCACUGGCUCCCAGGGUCAGGCCAUUCAGGUUCGCGUGGAGUUCCUCGACGACACCAGCCGCAGCAUCAUCCGUAACGUCAAGGGCCCCGUGCGCGCUGGCGAUAUCCUUGUUCUGCUCGAGUCUGAGCGCGAGGCACGCCGCAUGAGAUAAGCGAGCCAGCCUGUGCUCGUGCGUGGGUGCGUGUUGCGUCCUCUGUGUGUUUGGUUUUCGCCCACUGUCGCCCCGCUCGACUGUUGCUUGAGUAAGCGCGGAUCUACCGACACACUUGCUCUUCUUGUUGUUCUUUUUUCUACUCGUGCAACAGUCGCUCGCACCAAUGAAACGAAACCAAACCCACCA